UCUCGGUCGCCCGCGCUCGUACGUGCAAAAUCCCAAGUUCCGUGUUUCCUGAGAGACAUCAUCCUAAUAAGCAACUAUUACGAAUUAUCACCGCAGAAUCUCAGCGAGAUGCUAAGCCGGGGAGUCAGCGUUCUCUUAAUCGUAUCGGCAGUGCUCGUCGCGGCAAGAGUGCCAAUCGCGCUUUCCGCGCCGUUCUACUCCAAGUCUCCGGUGCCUUAUUGGCACUUACCUUGCGGCGACAAUGGGGAACGCGAUUACGCGGACCCACGUGAUCUCGACGAAGAGAUACGAACGAGUCUUAAGAAUCUCCGUAUCCAGCAUGAACUUAUGCUGAACGACUAUCUCAGCAAGGACUACGAGUUCCUCUAUGAGAGUGUAAGGAUCGGCGUCCACGAGCAUCAGUACAUACCUAAUUGGUUACCUGGCAAGAAGGACGUCCAUUCGGUUAAGAAGCUCGCCCACAUCAAGCCCCAGCUGCUUGUGAAGUAUUUACCGAAACUUCACACAGACCUGCAGAAGUUCGCUGUGGCAUUGGAAGAGAUGGUGGAGGACGAGGGAUCCAAGGUUCAAGAUGCCCUGCUCACCACCCAGUCCUACUUGAAGAUGAUGAUCUGCGAGGUGGAGACGAGCAUAGUAUCCUUGCCGAUGCUGCAUCUGCCGGAUCGAGUGGAGCGCAGCAUCAUGAGCGACGCCGAUCGACAACCUGUUGAUGAUACGAGGCGGCUGGUGCGCGAUUGGGGUAUCCUGGUCAAAUAUAAGGACUACAUACAUGCGUGGAGGCACGCUUUCAAUUACUAAUAAUCAAUCAUCCGGCGUUGCGAUUGAAUUGUAGAUUCGCGUGAGAGGAGCUUUAGCUUUUUAAGG